AAAAAUGUAAAAAUUUUAUUGUAGAUAAGGUUUCCACAUGUUUAUCUCAAACACAACCACUAAAAAUUCACUGCAUUAAGCUUUCAGCGUGUGUUGUCCUUGCAGGACGCAACCUGCUGGACUACUUACCUUUUCCCUACACGCGUCUCAUACUAUGAGUUUCCUAGAUUUAACUGAACCUUGGGGGAAAAACCUCUCAAACCCCUUUUUCGCAGACGCACAGCGCUCUGCUGCUGAUGUUGAGCUUCCUGGAGCUGUUUCUCAUACUCAAUCACCCAUUGUCACGGGUUCCUCGGUUCUUGCCUUAAAAUUCAACGGAGGUGUAAUGAUUGCCGCUGAUAACCUUGCCUCCUACGGCUCUUUAAUGCGUUUUUAUGACGAAGAACGACUGACAAAGGUUGGUAACAACACGGUUGUCGGCGUCGGAGGUGAUAUUUCUGACUACCAGCACAUUCAGCACAUUCUCGAUAAGCUGGAGAUUAAGGAGCAGUACAAUAAUGACGGUCACGCUUUAGAGCCUUCUCAUGUGCAUGAAUACCUUGCAAGAUUGUUUUAUUACCGUCGUAGCAAAAUGGACCCUUUGUGGAACCAGGCCAUCGUUGCCGGCGUUGACGGCCCAAACAAAGAGCCUUAUAUUGCUUUUGCUGACCUUCGUGGCACUACAUACACCUCUGAGGCAAUUGCUACUGGUUUUGCCGCUCAUCUUGGCAUGCCUUUGUUGCGUAAGGUGACAGAGGACGAUAAAUGGAAGUCCCUUACCAAGGAACAGGCCCGUGCUGUCAUUGACGAUUGCAUGCGUGUCCUCUUCUACCGUGAUGCCGGCAGCCUGAACAAAUUCUCCGUUGCUACAAUCACUGCUGAGGGCAUUGAGUUUUUAACCAACCAAAAAGUGUCGUCUAACUGGGCCUUUGCCGAGAAGCAAUACGGCUAUGGUUCCCAGAAUGUAUAGACCAUGAUGAAUGAAUGAAGUUGAAACGGCGUACGAGUACCUGAGGGAGAAUUAGUGAGUGUGGAUGCUGAUAGUUCUCGUGCAUGGCUCUUGCAAGCGGAUAGUGAUGCUCCUGACUUGGUGUCCCUUGGAUCGCUCCGUCAGCUCUCCCUUGCUUUUUGAGGCUUGUUUCGAGUCGUUCUUCUGUCGCUAGAAGUGACUUCUUACGUAGAGAAGGUAGAACCCGAGGAAGCUAGUACCAUACUAUGAACGUUGAUAUGUACCAGUAAGCUAAUCAAGAAAAAAGAAGUUCGGAAAGAGUUGAUUAUUCGUUGUUAAGUGGUUUGAUUAAUGGAUGAAAUAGCGGUGAUUUCCUUUUUGAUAUGACUGGAA